AUGAAUAAUUUAUCCUAUUCUUUUAUUCGAUGGUUUGCACUGUCCCUGUUGUUAUGGAAUAAUUACGAAUAUGCGAACGAGAACAAGUUUGGGAAAACAUGGAAUAACAUAAUCCGCAGGAAGCAUGCGUUAGACGUACGCGGCAGCCGAUUAUUGAAGGAAAAGGGGAAAACACAUGUGGACAACAAUGGCAGUUUUUCCUCAUUAGAGGACGUUGUGUUGGGAAUAAGCAGUGACGAUGAAAGUAACGUUGGAAAAGCAACAAAAAUACUAUUAGACAAGGAUGGACUUAUGGAAAAAUUCAAUAAUAUAAUGUCGGAUGGUGAAUUGAAAAGACCAAUUUCUUCCUUAACCAAAGGUGGUAAACAUAAACCAAAGUCUAAAUUUUUAGCUGAAGGUGAAAAGUACACAUCCAAUAAAUGCAGUAGCAGGAGGAAGGACUAUUAUUCAGAUGAUUAUGAUGAGGAAGAUGAAAAAUAUAAAAAGAAAAAAGAUGAAAAUAAAAAAUAUGAUGACAAAAAAUAUGAAGACAAAAUAUGUUCAAACAAAAAAUAUGAAAGCAGAAAAUAUAAAAACGAAAAAUAUAAAAACAAAAAAUAUAAAAAUAGAAAAUAUGAAAACAAAAAAUAUAAAAACAAAAAAUAUGAAGAAAAGGAAGAGGAGUAUGACUGUAAAUAUCGCAACGUUCGCAAACACCGCCAUAAUGAUAGGGACAGGCGCAAAUAUAGCGACAAUCGUAAGCAUGGUCAUGAUGAUAGGCACAAACGCAAAUAUCGGGAUGAUCGUGACAAUCGUAAAUAUCGAAAUGAUUGCGAUGGUCGUCGGCAGCGCCAUGAUGAGCGUGACGAUAGUAUAUACCAAUAUGGUCAAAGUGGUCAAAAGAAUAAAAAAUAUCGUGACACAUAUGAUGAAUAUGACAAAUAUGACAAAUAUGACAAAUAUGACAAAUAUGAUAAAUAUGAUAAGUAUGAUAAAUAUGAUAAGUAUAAUGGGGAAAAUUAUCAUGAUAAUCAUGAUGACAAUUAUAGAAAACCGUCAAAUUCUAAACGACGUACAUUCCAUAAUAAUGGAAAUAAGUCACCAAGAAAAUAUCCUGCCCAAGACGACCUUUGCCCUAAACCAUCGAAUAAUAAAUAUGGAAAUGUGAACAAAAUUGGGAAAACACAUAAUCCAGUGAACCUACACGACGAUGCAAAAAAAAAAUUACCCAGAACAUUAAAGAACCAUUUUGACCAUUCAAAAGGAUACGGUUCAAAAAGGUAUUAUGGCGAUGAUGAUUAUGAUGAUGACAAUGAUUACGACGAUGAUGGACAAUAUUAUGAAGCAAAAUAUGAUGAUCCUUAUAAUAAACAAUUUGGGCUCCCCCAAUUCGGUCCACAACCCGGGCAACUUGGUCAACCUGGAUACCCCCAAUUCGGUCCACAACCCUGGCAAGCUGGACAACCUGGUUACCCACAAUUUGGUCCACAACCCGGGCAAUCUGGACAACCUGGAUACCCACAAUUUGGUCCACAACCCGGGCAACCUGGACAACCUGGAUACCCCCAAUGUGGUCCUCCAGGUAAACUAUCUCCUAUGGAACCAAACAACGGUGGUACUUCUCAACAGAAGCCUAAAGGAAAACUAGCUAGAUUUUUUAAUGAAAUUAAAAAUUUUGUAAAAAAAUCAGAUGCAAUGUAUGAAUCAGAGUUGAUAAACAUAAUGCAACUUUCUUCAAAUAGCAAAAACAACAGUGAAGCAAAACUUGGAACGAAUAAAAAAACUAUUAACAAAAUAACAGUCUUUUCUCCAGUUCUCGCAAUGACUAGCAUUUUCAUAAUAUGUGCCAUUCAUUCAGAAAUUUUAGGUAUGAUUAUAUCUGCUGUAUUGUUUGGUUUAUCUUCCAUAUACGUUUACACUAAGUACAAGAAAUGCAAACGUAUGCUCAAAGCUCACAGUAAAAACAACGAUCUUCAAGAAUAUUUAGAACCCGGAAUCCCUCAACAAAUUACCUAUCAACCCGAAUGUCCAAAUAAUAAUUUAUUCAAUAACGUACAUUAA